AGCCCCCAGUUUAUCUCGGUACUUGGUACCAUGCAGACCCAAGCACAAGGAUAGAAACCACCCAGGACCAGGCGGGUCAUCCCCAUUCAUAACUCCAGAAACUUCAUCAAAAGGGUUGGGAUUCACUUUUUUUCUGCACCACAAAGCCUAACAAUAGGCAAGGAAAACCUCAUCUGACAAUCACAAUGUUAUCACAUACUGCCAUGGUUAAGGAGCGGAAACAACAAGCAUCAGCCAUUAUGGAUGAAAUACGCAGAAAUGAAUCACUGAGCCUAGAUCUUGGAAAGAAAGUCAGCAUCCCCCAAGAUAUCAUGGUAGAGGAAUUAUCAACACUCAGCAACAGAGGUGCAAGGCUAUUUAAGAAGCGUCAAAGGAGAUCUGACAAGUACACCUAUGAAAACUAUCAUUAUGUAACAAACAAGCCAAGGAACCGUGGUGAACCCAUACAGAAUGUUAAACUGGAAACAAUGAGUGUGGAUAGUGUCCAACAGCAUGCACCAAUGACACCUCCUAAUACACCUGACCCCCGGAGCCCACCAAAUCCUGAAAACAUUGCCCCAGGAUAUUCUGGACCACUGAAAGAAAUUCCUCCUGAAAAGUUCAACACUACUUCUGUGCCAAAAUAUUAUCAGUCGCCCUGGAUAGAAGCUAUCAGAAAUGACCCAGAGCUGUUGGAGGCUUUAUACCCUAAACUGUUUAAGCCUGAAGCAAAGCCAGAGCUGCCUGACUACAGGAGCUUUAACAGAGUUGCCACUCCAUUUGGUGGUUUUGAGAGAGCCUCGAAGCUGGUUAAAUUCAAGGUACCAGAUUUUAAUCUAUUGCUGCUAAAUGAUCCCAGGUUCAUGGUCCUUGCAAGCCCUUUGUCCAGCAGGAGGUCCUUCAAUAGGACUCCUAAGGGAUGGGUGUCUGAGAAUAUUCCUGUAGUGUUCAUCCAGCAUUCUGAUUCCAACGCUGUUCCAGAAACGGAUGACCUGUGAAUGAGAAGCUAUAUAUUGUGAUGAAAGACGAACGUAAGAAUCAGUGUGAUAUUGUUCUCACUUCUAAUAGAAGCUACUUGCAACAUCUUUUCUUAGUAGCUGGAGUCUAACUAGUAACUUCUGAUCCAGCAGCUCUUUUCUGGAAUUAAAUGUCAUCUACAGACUAAUACAAAUAAAAUAAUUUUGCAACUAUUCAUUGAAUCAUUUUUUUUGACUAUUGUGUGUCUAUACAUUUUAUAGAUUCAUAGAUGCUAGGGUCAGAAGGGACCUCAACAGAUCAUUUUAUGUUUUUGUUUAAUUGAAAACUACUUUGUUUCUAAGUCUAAGCAAGUUAGUUUAGUUUUCAUGGUCACUGCAGAUUACAAACUACAUUUUAAUAAAAGGACAAAACAGCAGGUUGAUAACUGAUUGUUUAUCAUUUUUUCUGUAUUUGGAAAGGCUACAGCAUUUGCAUGUUAUAUUCUCUAAUAUACAGUUUGGUAAGAUUGGAUUUUUAAAUAGGAAACAACUUUAUUACAUGGGCUGUGAACUCUGGCUGUAAAAGCUCUAUUCUUAUGUAUACUGAAUUCUCUAAGGGACUAGUCUUUCCUCAGUGUGUACACAACGCCCAUUUGCUUUCUAAUCUCAAAUAUGCAGUUUCAUAUCUCUUGUUUUUCUUGUAAAAUCAGCUUACACAUACCGGUCCACAGCUACAUGAUCAGACUUAAGCUUCAUAUGCUAUGGCAAAAGUUAGGCCAAUGAAAUGCAGCAAACCACAAUACUGUCAAUGACAUUUUGGCAAUUACUUAUGUCAAUCCAUAAAGGGUUUAGCUACAAGACAGUGCAAAUAAGCAAAAAUCAGAUGUGUCUGAGGUAGUCAUAAAAUAAUCGCAAAACAGGGAGAAAAGAAAGCUUAUGGGGAAGUGUUAAGUGAAUACUUUUAAAACUGCACUGAGGUCAUGAAAGUACAUCCUCAAAAGACUCAAUGCUCAGGCUUUACUUCUGGGGCAGCAAUUUGCAGCUGCAAAAAUUGCACUCAUAUUUCAAUUGUAUGUUCAAGUCAAGUAGUUAGGGACUCACACUUGCAGAUUUGUUGACUGCAAAUUUUACAGAUUGUAACUGCACCUUCCUACCCUACAGUCAAUUUUAAGUUUUUUGUUGUGCAGAACUUACACUCAUGAUAUGGACAAUAAUACUGAAUAUGAGUACCCCAAGUGUAUAAAUGCUACUAAGAUUAAAGUAGAGUAUAUGAAGAGACACAAUAUAGAGAGACUUUAUAUAGUAUAAAGAUAGAGUAUAUGAGGAGAGACAAUAUUCAGAUUCAGAGGGCUCUGGUUUGCUAAGUGAUCAGGUUAGCAGAUGACAACCACAGUCUGAUGCAAAAAAGAAGUAGCCUGUUGAUGUGAAUCAAGUCUCAAGAAUACAUAUGGAGUAAAACAAAACAUAUAGUGCCUUGAUCAAAAACGGAUUUGGAGAUUAGUACUGAAAAUCACUGAAAUUAAUUCAAUGUACAACUGAUUGUUAGCUCUAGGGGAAAAGCAGGACUCCCUCUCCUCCGCUUCCUCCCCUCCCAGAAGUCAUCUUGUGCUAAGCCCCACAGUGCAAAAGGAGCCACUUGUUUGACUGUGCAGAGUCCCAGUGGAGCAGACAAAAUUUAUACUAGUAUACAGAUCUACACAGAAAGAAUCCUUUAUAGACUUGGGGAUUUGGAGACUUUCCAUUGACUUCAACAGACUUUGGUCUGUGCGCCCUGUGUACUGUGGGUCACCACAGGAAGGAUAUAUUAUGUUUGCAUAUGUAAUGAAGGGCAAUGGUGAAGAGUCUUAGUGGGUGAAUGAACAAACAAUUUUACUAUUUUAAAUGGGGGGGAGGGGUACUUACAGUGGUUCACCUGGAUCCACUGUAACUACUUUGUCUGUCCACUCUUGUCCUGUAGGAAAUGCACAUUAAGCGGAGCCAGUUUAUCCCUGAAUGAAGCUAGGUUUAUAGGUUCACUUUCUGUGGGACAGGAGAAGACAGACAAAACAAAUACCACAGAUCAGGUGACACAUGUUCACAAGUGGUAAAUUCCCCUUACCUCUUCUAAGAACAUUAAAAUUGUUUGGCCAUGCUUUCAUUUGUGCAAGGCUAAGGAUUUGAGUUUAUUCUUGAUGACAAAGGUAAGGCCUUGAGGUGACAGUAAAUGGUUCCAGAUUUGUAGGAUUGGAGAAGUCAAAAAGGAAAGACUUUUUUUGUACUUUGGUGUUCCUGAGACUAAGGAACAUAAUAGGAAACUUAGUUUAAAUAGGGAACUGAGGGAAAUAAGCAUAGGGAAUGAUUUACUAGCAGAAUAAUUUACUGAAGCAGUUUAAAUGAGAUCAUACAUUUGUUACUUUUUCCUAGUAACAAACACAUAUUUGUUACUAGGAAAAAGUGAAAGGGAUAAUGAAAAGGCAGGAAAGGGUUAGAGGUAAAAAUACAUUUCAGAAAGUAAGUUAUAUUGGUCUAGGAAGCUGUUUUUGGUUCCCGAAAUGUUCUUGGCUCAGGUCUCAUUGACAUUAAGGCCCCUUUCUCUGACAGAGCUCUGUGAAAGGGUCUUAAAAGUGCAUGUAAACCUUUCUGAUGCCAAACGGAUGUAAAUGAGAAAUCAGAACCUGUUUUCCAAGUUAAGCCAAAUAUUUUGGGUGAUAUUCUUCCUAUUAGAAUGUGUAAAAUCAAAUGAGAGGGUGGAGUACUUCUAUGAAAAAUGCCAUAGAGGAAAGUUCUCCAAGAAUAAUGCAAUUUACACCUAUUUAUACAGGAGAAAUACUAUGAAACAUUAGGGCUCAAUGUCUCUAUAAAGCUGAGGAUAACAAGUAUCAGCUGUAACUAUGAUCUUUGAAGUAGGGGGUUCAUAUUUCAAUGCUGUGGACUUAGGCUAAGUACAGACAUUACCCUUUUUCUGGUUUCGGUGGUCAGAAACCUGUCUAUACCCAAAACAAAACAGAAAUUCAGGGCACAAUUUCAAAAUUGCAGAUUCUGGUCUAAGAUAGGACUGGAUCCAUGUAUUAUUAGACUUACUUGAGCUAGGUUGGACUGGUGCAUCAAAUGUCAGUGCCAGAUCCGACCGCAAAUCAAGGUAAGUCGUUUUCUCCUGGUAUCCCAGUUGCCUGUGACCCCUGUGAGUGCCCCCCAUCCCCCUGAGGGGCCAUAGCUUGGCUUGUGAGCUGUUGGGGGAGGUGGUGCCAGUGGCACACCCUGCAUUCCCAGCCAAGUCUGUGGGACUCAGAGGGUCCCUACUGUGACCCCAAGCCCUGGGACCCCACGCUGCAGUGGCUCUGAGAAGGGCUCAGAAGAUUCCUCAAACCACCAGUGCCACGUUCCAUGCUGCUGGGUGGCCUCCAGUCCAUGGGGAGGGAGGACAGCCAUGGCCCUGCAGCUGCAGAACCUGGUGGAGGGCAACUCUAGUGCUGAGAUAUAGUGGGGAGGAAAGGGCAAUGGGUCCCUGUGCUGGGCUGAGGUGGCAGUGGCCCCUCCCUUGCCCCAGUUCCUGCACUAGAAUUGUGCCCCACCAAGCACUGCAGCUAUGUGGGAAUGACUGCCCCCCUCCCAUCACUAGGUGGGGGGUGAUUUCAGUGCGGGAACAGGGGCCACAGCCCGGGGACCUAGGCAAGCCCCCACCUAGCCCUACCAGCUGCUUGAGCAGCGACUGCUGCCAGCUGGGCUGGCUCAGCUCAGGCAGGGGAAGGGGGGCUGCUAGCUCAACCUGGCACAGGAACCCACUGCCCCCUGCCAGGCGCCGCAGCCAUGGGGGCAUGGCUGCCCCCCUCCCCAUGGACCAGAGCACUGCAGCUGCAUGGAAAGGGUCACAGGAUGGAGCGGGGUGGAGGGGAUCCUCUGAGCCCUUCCCGGAUCUGCUGCAGCACAGGGUCCUGGGCAGGACAGGGCAGGGAUACUCUGUGCCCCACUGACCUGCCCAGGACCACAGGGUACACCACUGGCACCACCUCCCCAUCAGCAGCUCACAAGCCCUGCACUCCUCUGCCUCUGUCCUGCAUGGGGUGCACCCCCACACCCCACCCUGGGCCCUGCUGCCUGACAGAUGAUAGGGCAGUGGGGGGAGGCAUGUGUCUAACAGCCAAUGAGGGAUGGCACAGCCACUCAGCUGUGCUCAGGUGUCCUCGGUAAUGUCCCUCAUGCUGGGAGGCAUAUGAAAGCACCUCCCACCUAGUGGCCUUGGCCUGUGUAGGCAUCUGUCUGCUUCUCCAGCUGAAGAACAAAUAUAAGUCACAGUUGCUGAUGGUCCAAUCUAUGCAGCUUAGACAAAGCUGCAUAGAUUGAAUCGAUUCUGCCUUAGGCUUUUUGACUAUCUGUACUUAGCCUUAGGGUCUGGUACAAUGCCCAUGAAGCCAUUCAAGAGGCUCUCUUUGACUUUAAUGCAUUUUGAUUCCAGUCCAAAACCUUAAAGCUAUGCGUAAGGAUGACCAUAAAAAUUUGUGGGAAAUCCAGGACAAGGUAAGGAAAUCUGUGACAAGGGGGCGAUGCAGGGGUGUUCAUGCACAUGUACAUGUACACACACACACACACACACACACACACACACACACAGAGAACCUCAUGGGUCCCAGGAGCAGGACUGCAUGGGACAGCAUAGUGUGUGUACAUGCAUACACACAUACACAGUCCUGACCCUCCACACAUGCAUGCACAGACACAUGCACACACAACCCCAACUCCCGUGGCUCCCCACAUGCACCCUUCCCCUGACCCCAACUCUACUGUGCAAGCAACUCCGUGUGCAGCCCAGCAGGGUCUGGACCAGGGAGUAAUGCACUGGCUGGGCUUCCUGGAGAAAACUGAAGCAAAAAGUCCCAGAUUGGCACAAACCCAUCUGUACGGGCCCAAUUCCUGACUCAGGAGUCACAUGUGCAGAUGGGUUCCUGCCAAUCAGGGACUUUUGCUUCAAUUUUCUCUAAUGGUUGGGAUGCUGAGACAGCCUCUGAAAUCCAGAAUUGUCCCAGCCAAUCCUGGACAUCUGGUCAUCCUAGUUACACAGCAUCUACAGUACUCAGUACAGGACAGAGAGGUAGAGCAAGCUAAGUAUUCAUGGCUCUUACUGGUGCCAUUAAUGUUGUUUUAGCAAAUGGAUACACCACAGUUGGAGUUUGAUCCCUGGUCCCCACUUCCAUCAUAUAGGCCACAUUUAUUUUAAUGUGAAACCAAGCUAAUACACUAUUUAUAGAGAUGCAGAGAGGAGUCAGUAGCAACAAGACAUGAAUCCUAGUUUUGUAUUCUCAACAAGAUUGAUAGUCAUUUUUUUCUUCAUGCUGCUGCAUAACAGAGGAUAUUUGUUGGUUGGUUCCAAGAAAUAAAAAUGUGAUCCUCAUAUUAUGCUGAUUGGCUAUUACAUUUUAGCAACGAAGAAGUGUUAGAAUGAAGAUCUAAUGUUUAUAUGUGCUCCUGUACUUCGAUGUAAACUUUCCUCAGAUGUCCUAAUUGUGUCAACAUGCCUGACUACACUUCUUUUUUGUUAUACACAUACCUGUUUUUGUGGAAAUAAAUGCAUAUUAUAUUG